UUCGUAUUAUCGUGUAUCGCAAUCUUCACAAUAGCAGCUGGUUAUGAGGCGUUAUGCAUAGCUCUUUGUUGGAUGCUACAUCAGCAAGAUCAACGUUAUAUUCAAGUCAGAUGGCGUUCGGAUGUUAUGCUUUCAAAGUCUCAUAUUGCACAGACGAUUCUGUAUGGUAUGAAAGUAUUUAUCUCGUUAUCUCUAAUGAUGAUUGCGAUGACAUACAAUGUACCGCUGUUCUUCAGUAUGAUUGCUGGUCACAUAUUCGCAUAUUUCCUUUUGACACCUUUAGUCGAUCAUCAACAGAAGAAUCUCGGUACUGGUGGAGAUUGCUGCUUCUAAUGAUAGUAAUGUGA